AUGAUAAUUGAACCAAACUUGUCAAAAAAGGAUACAGCUGAGUGGUGCAAUGCUUUCCGACAUAUAUGUAAAGCUAGUUAUCGUACAAUAAAAAAAUGCCUAUCGCAUCGGGAGAGGUCCAUUUGGAUUGUUAAAAUUUUUUGGCAUAUUUAUAUUUACCGUACCACCACUAUAAGAAACAUUAAAACUCUGGAACCUCCCUUUAAACGUUCGCCUUCUACUGCUCAUGCUGAGGGUAAACUUACCCAAGUUUGUGAUAGGUCACUAAAGCUAUACAAAAUAUGGUUUUUUUUGGUUUUAUUGUUGCCAACUCAGCAUCAAGUCAGUGGCCAUGGUAUAUUCCGCCAAACGUCAAAUUCAAAAGCAGUGUUGUUAUUCCCUCAGCCUAACGAAAAUAUAAAAUUUAACAUUUCGCAGUUUACAAAUUUUGAAAAUGAAGCUAAGAAACUAAAAACCAAUCCAAUACAUCCAAGAAUCCGAGCCAAAUCAACUCCGAAAAUGGGUCCUAAACUUUUAUCUAAAAGCUUAAGCAAACAAAGCAGAGACUCAAUCUACAAUGCCAGUUCAAAUAAAUAUAGUCUGAUUAAUGUAAGCCAGUCAAAAAAUACAAAAUUGGCAGAUGAGUGGAUAAACACCGUACCAAUUCAAAGUAGGCAAACGAGGGAAGCCAGGGAUAUUGGCAUAGAAACCAAGAGACACAGUAAACAACCAAAAAAAAUAGAUGAAGCAAGGCUUAAACGCCUCGUUUUGAAGGGCCUUGGGUUAAAAAAACUACCAGAUAUGAAAAAGGUCAAUAUAAGCCAAGUUGAAUAUUCCAGCAAAUAUAUAGAAUACUUAAAUCGCCUAAGAAGUAACCAGGAAAAGGGCAAUAGCUUUUUUAAUAACUUUAUAGGAGCAUCCAUUAUAAGAGACCUUCAUUUUCUAAGCAUUACUACAAAUGAAUUCAAUGACAUAAGUAACAUACGAUACCGUCAUAAAAGGUCGCUUAAAAAAAUGAACAGGCUAAGACAAAUCAAAAAGCACAAAAAUUAUAUAGACUUACUACGUGGCGAACAGGAUACAACGAAUAUUCUCUUACACUUUCCAUUGACAAAUGCAAAAGACGCCAAUUUUCACAAUGAUAAGAUUGACGAAGCCAAUAUUAGGCUUAUGCUUCUCUAUAGCUCAUCGCUGGCAAAAAAUUCCCACCGAGGGCAAGGAUCUAGGAAAAAAAAGCUCAGUCAUAUUUCUGAAAACGAUCAAAUCGAAAGGCGCUGUAAUUCCGGUGAUGUCAACUUGAACCAAUCCAAAAAAAUGCGUAGUCAGCAAUUAAUUUUGAAAGUAUAUCAACUUCUUUCAGGGAAUAGGCGAAGAAAGAUAUCGUCUAGAAAAUUUGAAUUUGAAAAUGUUGGCUAUGAAGAAACUCGAACACAGUGGAUAGAAUUCGACGUGACCAAAGCUGUUCGUAGUUGGUUGAACCAUAGUCAUGAAAACUUGGGGAUAGAAAUUCAAUGUGAUAAAUGUAAAAGUAUAGGUGCUCGUAUACUAAGUGACUUAAGCCCCUCAUCAUCGCCAAACUCGGCAGCUUCAAGCGACGAACACUUAAACCUCAUGCCAGUUCUUAAUAUAAUCGGACACGGAACACUAAAUCCCCAAGAGCAAGUCGACUCGGACGUUCACCACAUUAUACUGACCAAUAAUAAAAGCGAUCAAUAUGUGCAUCAUCGUUCAGACCAUGAUAGCACCUGGAGAAAGGAUAAGUGGAGCAACAAUUGUUACAAAUUGCACCAAAGAUGUUGUAGAAAUCAAUUGGAUGUUGUCUUUAAGAACAUUAAGGGAUUCGAAUUCAUUUUACAGCCGAAGGUAUUCGAUGCAGGUUACUGCCACGGACGAUGUCCACCGCGUCACAAUCCCGCCCAUCACCACGCCCUACUGCAAAGUCUUAUUUGGCAAGAAGAUCACAACCGAGCCCCCCGUCCAUGUUGCGCGCCAUCAAAGCUUGAGAUGCUAGAAAUAUUGCAUGUUGACGAGGAUCACAGCGACAAGCUAAAAAUUUCGACGUGGAGUGAUAUGCAGGUUGUAGAAUGUGCCUGUUCGUAAAAAAAACUUUCCCUAACGAUUUAUUCUUACAUAUACUCGGUAUUUUAUUAUUCUAUUUAAGUAUUGUCACUUAUUGGAUUAACAUUUUGUGAGGAUUUAAACAUGUAAUAAAAAAGCAUACAAGUA